AUGAGCUGCCAGGCCUUCAGCACCAGUGACUCCUUCAGCGGUUUAGGCGGAGACACCGGUGCUGCCCUCCCGCUGCUGAUGCACCAUAGCGCGGCCGCAGACUGCCACCAUCAGAACACCAACAUCUGCUCCACAGUCCCCUCAGGUCUCCCAUUGGUCCAGUCAUCCAAGCGCUCCCAUAUGCACCUGUCCACUUCUGCUUUGGGCAAUGCAUCAGCCAGCCUCCACUACCCGAUGCCCCCAUGUCACUAUAGCAACCAGCAGACCACCUACGGCAUGAUGGCAGGAGCUCUGGCUCCACGUCUCUACAAGUUCCCUGAGCACAGUUUGGCUGGAGGAUCCUGUGCUUUAAGCCACGGCUUCGCUCCUCUUCCUCAGGCCAUGCUAACAGAUGAGCCCAUUCUAGGAGACAUCAAGCAGGAGCUGCGCAGGAAGAGCCGGACCCUCGAUGAGACCCCCGACAUGGACUCGCCUCAGAUCCGAGAGCUGGAGAAGUUCGCUAAUGACUUCAAAUUGAGGAGGAUCAAACUUGGUUACACACAAACCAAUGUUGGUGAAGCUCUGGCUGCAGUGCAUGGCUCUGAAUUCAGCCAAACCACAAUCUGCCGCUUCGAGAACCUGCAGCUCAGCUUCAAAAAUGCCUGCAAACUCAAAUCCAUCCUGGCGAAAUGGCUGGAGGAGGCAGAGCAGGCCGGUGCUCUUUUUAAUGAGAAGAUGGGUCUGCACGAGCGCAAGCGGAAGCGCAGGACCACCAUCAGUCUGGGGGCGAAGGAAGCGCUGGAGCGGAGCUUUGUUGAGAAGAGCAAGCCGUCAUCUCAGGAAAUUGUGCGGAUGGCCGAAGGUCUGCAUCUGGAGAAGGAGGUGGUCCGAGUCUGGUUCUGCAACCGCCGGCAGAGGGAGAAGAGGGUCAAAACCAGCCUCCAUCACAGCUCCUUCAUGACCAAAGACUGCAGAGCCUGAGAGAGAGAGAGAGAGAGACAGGAUUGAUUCACAGACACACCAAAGAGCACAUGCACUGUAAAAAUGCAGAAAUCCACACAUUCAUUCAUGUUGU